CGGCGCCGCCGCCGCCGCCGGAGGAGGAGCGGAGAUGGGGAAGAAGGGGAAGGAGGCGGCGCGGGAGCGGCGGGAGCAGCGGCGGCGGGAGGUCACGCUCCUCCGCGCCGUGCCCUACGAGCCGCACCAGCGGUGGUGGGACGGCCUCGCUCCGCCGCCGCCGCCGCCGGGGCGCGCGGUGGCGGUGGUGACGGGGGCCAACCGCGGGAUCGGCUACGAGGCCGCGCGCCAGCUCGCGACCCACGGCCUCCACGUCGUCCUCACCUCCCGCGACGCCGCGCGCGGAAGGGACGCCACGGAGCAGAUCCGCGCGGCGGCGGGGAAGCCCGGGGUGAGCGUGGAGUGGCGGCAGCUCGACGUGACGGACGCCGCCUCGGUGGAGGGAUUCGCGACCUGGGUGGAGCGCACCCAUGGCGGCGUCCAUGUCCUUGUUAACAAUGCAGGCGUAAACUUCAAUAGAGGAGCAGAUAACUCUGUUGAAUUUGCUGAGCAAGUUAUUGAGACAAAUUACUUUGGCACAAAACGGAUGAUUGAAGCCAUGAUGCCACUAAUGAUAACUUCUCCUCAUGGUGGUCGGAUAGUGAAUGUAAGCUCGAGGCUUGGUAGAGUCAAUGGCAGACGCAAUAGAAUCGGUGAUCCAAGCCUAAGAGAGCGACUAUUAAAUGAUGAUCACUUAUCCGAGGAGUUGAUUAAUGAAAUGGUCAUGAAAUUCCUCGAACAAACCAAGCAAGAUAAUUGGUCCUCCGGCAAUGAGUGGCCUCAGAUGUACACUGACUAUUCGAUCUCAAAGCUUGCUGUUAAUGCUUAUACAAGACUCUUGGCAAGGAGGCUGUUGGAUAGGCCUGAGGGACAAAAGAUCUACAUUAACUGUUUCUGUCCUGGCUGGGUAAAGACUGCCAUGACUGGUUGGGAAGGGAACAUUUCAGCUGAAGAAGGUGCUGAUACUGGAGUAUGGCUCGCCCUAGUACCCCAGGAGCAAGCUACAAUCGGGAAGUUCUUUGCUGAGAGACGUGAGAUAAGUUUCUGAGGGGAUCACUAUUCAAACAGCAAAGUCAAUUGCUCAAAAGAAAUAAAAAAAGAAUGUCAAAAGAGCCUUAUGUUUAUAAACUACUUCUACUUUGAGACGUGCUGACAUGCUCUAUUACAAGGCAUUUCAUAUGCUCAUUUACUGGAGGCAGUAAAUUACCCAUCUCUCAGAAUUACUGUUCUGAUGAAAUUUACUUAAUCAGGCCUAUGCUAAUCUAUGAAGGCGAGUGAUAACUGUUUAAAAGCAAACCAGAUGUUGGCUGCAGGUUGUCAAGAUCAUUGACAUACCACAUUAAUGGAAGGCCCAUGAUCUCUAAUUUUCCUAAUUUAUGAGAUCAUACCAACUGUCUCUCGGUCAUGAAUGAAGUGGCUGAAAAAGUGGAAUGUUCACCAGGACCACUGGGAUGGCAAUUGGGAAGCAUGGCGAGCUGGCAGGUUCCUUGUUGUACCAAAAGGAUGACCUGUAUUGAACUGCACGUCCUAUCAAAGAUCUAGGCUGGAUUUCUGGCAACUCCACUAUCAAGCCGAUAGUGUUGUGAUUGCUUUGCAAAUUCUUGGUCUUCACUAUGCAGCAUUGAUGUACCAGUAAGUACCAUUGCAGACUGAAUGAAUAGAAGUUUACAGCUGUGAUUUUGGCGCAUCAAGUAGAGUAUAAAUGGAUUAUUUGGACAUUUUGGGAGAAGGUUGUAAGCAUGUUGAAGAUGCCAGAGUCAGUCCUCAAUCGGUCAAAUAAUCUUAUCCUCUACAGUUGGAGAUGAACACUUGCCAUAUGGCUGCAUAGCACAUUCAAUCUGUCAGGUCUGAAAAUUCUGGAGAAAAGGCCAUGAAACAAGACAGCAUGAUGUUGCCUAGCUGGUGUUAAAUGCACCAUGCCUCUGUGGGCGCCAUCGGUUUCUAGAGAGGAUGAGCCAAAUUCGUCUUGUUUUGUAAUUUCACUGCUCCCUUCACAUGCGUUUGCCUCUGUCUUCCUGAACCAUACUACAUUGUUGCAUUUGCAUUUGCAUCCUCUGAUAGGAGCUGCAGUUGGACUUGUUCAUGCAUGGAGUAGCUUUGAGAUUGUACGUUUUGGUUAGUUGAUCGAUGUAAGCUGGAGUUGGUGCUAGCUUCUGUUUGAGCUGUUCACAUUUCUUCC